CGUGUAUAUUAUUAUGAAUGGCAUGCAUACUAAGAGCUUUUCAAUUACUUUAGUUAAAUCACAGACAAUUCAAUAUGAGUAAUCAAUGGAGAAGGUAUUUAUUUUGGUUUGCUCAUGAGCAUGUAGACUUUCGACUGGCGGAACUGGAUUCAAUUUUGAAUUUGUUUAACAUAAAGUUGAAGACUAUCUACAAGCCUAAGAGUGACCCAUAUUGGAUAGUGGAGUUGCCUUCAGAAUGUGCAGUGCAGAAAAUUGCAAGUAGGUCAAUAUCCUUGCGGUUUUGUAUGGAGUUAUGGGGUAAUAGCAAGGAUGUUGAUAUUCUUCAUAAAAAUUUGAGAUCUAAAGCAGAAGAGAUUAUCAAACCAUACUUCAGUAAUGAUAAAUCAUUUAAGAUCAUUGUUGAAACAUUUUGUAAGCAUUUUACGCAAAAUGAAAAAAUCCAAAAAAUAGAGACUUUUAGUUACCUACCUUUCCAAGGAACUGUUAAAUUAAAAAAUCCAGAUACCACCCUCCUGUACAUAGAGUAUUAUGGUCUGGAUCCAAAUGCAAUUCCUGAAAAGCCAUACGAACUUUUCUUUGGACGAUGGAUUGCAGAUGGACAAAGAGACUUGAUUCAAAAACUCUCAUUAAAAACGCGAAAGUUCAUAGGAAAUACUUCUAUGGACCCUCAACUGUCAUUACUAAUGGCUAAUCAAGCACAAGUUAAAAGAGGAGACAUAGUCCUUGACCCUUUUGUAGGUACUGGAUCCCUUUUAGUUGCUGCAUCACAUUUUGGUGGCUAUACAUUUGGAACGGAUAUAGAUUUUUUAAUGCUCCACGGCCGUACAAGACCAAGUCGAAUAACACAAAAAACCAGAGGAGAAGAUGAAAGUGUUGCAUCGAAUAUGGAACAAUAUGGAAAAGGUUCAUAUUAUUUAGACGUUGUUGUAUCAGAUUUUUCUAGACCUAUGUGGAGAUCAGACAUGCGCGUUGAUUCAAUAAUUACUGAUCCUCCAUAUGGUAUUCGUGAGGCAACAGAACGUGUAGGUACAUUAAAAACACAUCCAGUAAUAGAAGAGCACCAAGCUGCUACUCACAUACCUUCCAAAAUUGUAUAUGGUUUGCCUCAGAUAUUUCAAGAUUUGCUCAAUUUUUCUGCCAAACAUUUAAAAGUGGAUGGCAGACUUGUCUGUUGGUUUCCUUUGUAUAGGGAUCAUUAUUCGGAAGGCCAGUUACCUAAUCAUCCUUGUCUAUUUUUGAUAGGAAACUCAGAACAAGUACUGAGUAAAUAUACAAGUCGUCGAUUAUUGACAUACAAAAAGAUACGAGAUCCACUGGAUGGCGACGCUAUAACAAGUUCUAACAUAGUGGAUUUUCGAGAAAAGUAUUUUGCAUUGGGUGAUGAGACUCGGAAAGAGAGGAGAUUAAAAAGGGCUGAAGAAAGAGCAAGAAAUAAAGAAGACUGGGAAAGAAGUAACAGGGAAAGUACGGAAAGAUAACUACGUUUGUUUGUACAUAACAGAACUUUAAUUUUUUUUAUCUGUUAAUAUAAUAGUGUAUGAAAUAACAAUUAUAUAACAUGAUA